AUGUAUGGUCAGCUAGUACGAAUCACAAUAAUAAUCCUUGCCGUUAUUACGUCAUCAGUAGCUACUACUGCUACUUCUACCACAACUACUACCGAAAACAACAACAACAACGACAACAACAGCAACAACAACGACAACAACAGCAACAACUACAACAACAGCAAUAACAAUGUUAACUUUCCUGAUCAGGGUAAUGCUCUUAUUCAUAUCACUGACUAUUAUAGCAUUACUAAGCCUAAAGGUAAAACUGAUAAUAAUACUGACAAUGCUUUUGGUACUGUCAACUCCGAUAAUACUCAGGCCAAUAAUCUUAUUAAUACUGGCGUAACCAACAACAACAACAACAACGACAACAACAACAUCAACAAUAAUGAUAAUAACUACGAUGACAGUACUAGCAGUUAUACUGCUGAUGUUAAGAAUAUUAACCAUAGGAUUAAUAAUAAUUACUUCAAAAUACAUCAACAACAACAUCGAGAUGACAUCAACAGUUACAACAUCACACGCCUUAGCAGCCUUUCUGUAAACAAUUUCACUAAUAGCACCAACAAUAACGUCACUGAAGUUCAAAAUUACACUAGAAACAUCAACAAAAACAUCACAAACGCUGACAUGAACAUAGCUAAAGACAUGAACAACACCUCAAACAUUAGCAACAUCACAACAAUCGCAUCAUUUAACACCAACAACAUUACUAUGAACUUCGCAGGCAUCAACAACAACAGCAGCAGCAGCAACAACAACAACUCCAUCAACUUGACAAAUAUUCCAAACAACUACAACUACUACAAAAUCAUCAAUGUCACAUCAAACUUUACGAACGCCAACAACAACAACUCCAUCAACUUGACAAAUAUUCCAAACAACUACAACUACAACAAAAUCAUCAAUGUCACAUCAAACUUUACGAACGCCAACAACAACAUCAACAAAAACAACAACAACAUCAACAACAACAAUAACAACAUCAACAACAACAUCAACAACAACAAAAUAACAACAACAACACUAAUUCCGAAACUUUUACAACUUUUUGGCAGAGCUAAUCAUUUGAAAAUGAACGUAAAAAUGUUCACCUUUGUAAAUUUUCUUCUGUUGCUGUUGCAGUUUCAAUGA